GUUAUUGCGUUGAAGAAAAAAUACAAAGCCUAUAUUUAUUUGGAUGAGGCACACAGCAUUGGUGCACUAGGUCCACGAGGUCGCGGUGUGGCGGACUAUUUCGGUAUCGACCCGAAAGAAAUCGAUGUUUGCAUGGGCACAUUCACCAAGAGCUUUGGCUCGUCUGGUGGUUAUCUGGCGGGAUCUCGUCGUUUGAUCGAUUAUUUGCGUUCGUGUUCACACAGCGCGGUUUACGGGGGUAGCAUGCCCGCACCGGUCACACAACAAGUGAUCACAGCCAUGCGCAUCAUAAUGGGUCGAGAGGUCCCUGGCGAAGGUGCUCACCGUAUUAAACAACUGGCGGAGAACACACGCUACUUUCGUGCACGUCUUCAUGAGAUGCAACUUAUCGUGUACGGGAAUCGUGACAGUCCAGUCGUUCCAGUGAUCAUCUCUAUGCCGGCUAAACUGGUGGCCUUCUCCCGCAAAUGCCUCGGUAAAGGUUUGGGCACAGUGAUUGUGGGUUUUCCAGCCACCAGUUUGUUACUCUCCCGUGUUCGAUUCUGCAUCUCUUCCGCACACACCCGUGAGAUGCUUGAUCGCGCUCUGGAUAUUAUUGACCAAGUUUCGCAAGAAGUACGCAUCCGCUACAGUCGUGAACCAAUGCCCGAUUGGGCACAAGAUUUGUUGCGCAAAGAACGAGCUUCAACUGCAGCGAAUCACGCACUCACCAACGGGAUCGAUUCAAAAGUGGUCAUGAACGGGGAUGUCUUGUCGGGUAAAACGCAUACACAUAGACAAAAGUCCAAGAAGAAACAAUAG